ACAGUUCCUGAGAAGUUGAUGACUGUGGUUUGGUCCUCUUUUGCUGACUUCUGCCUUUUGAGAGUACUUUUUCAUUUUUUUAUUCCGUUGGAUUUCUCAGUUCAUAUGGAUAAUCAAGUCUGGAAUAUGACAUUUAAACAAGGCUCAACAAACAAAUCAAACAAAAAACUGGCUAUCAUUAGGUCGACAGUAUUCACACCAUUGUCAAGUAAAAAAAGGCUGAGGAGGUUAACAAACAAGGUGCGUCACCUGGGUGUGGCAAGUACUUAUCGCUCUUAAGAGCGAAAGAAGAGAUUGACUUCUUGAAGUCAUUAUUGUUAUUAUUAUUUGGCCAACAACAACAGUAUCUAGUGGAUCAUUUGAAGAAGUCCAAACUGAACACCGAGGGGAUUAAGGUGGCAUUAAUUUUGUUUUUUUAGGUCUAAGAUUUCAAGAAAAAACAGCUCUACUCUAAGUGUAAACAACCUGCCCCAGCAGAGGUGCAUGCUGCUUGGCGGUUGACAGAAGUCUCUACUACCGUAGUCUCAGACAGCAUGUUCUAAAGUGGUGAUUUCCAAAUGACAAAGAGCUAAUGAGACUCUGAGAGAUGUAGAUACCACAUUCAUCGCCAACGUAAUGACAGCUAAACAAGGUUAAUGUUAGUGAUGUCUGUGGCUACGUAGCCAAUAGAUUAGCAUUAGCUCCAUGACAUCCUGCAUCGUUCCUGUAUGUUUAUAUGGUCGGUAUUAUUAUAAACAGCUGAUCGCGACACAUAUUACAACAGCGAUGUUGUGGAUAUCGCUUUGACGAGACUGUCAGUAUUUUUUAAGCCAUUUCUGUCACCUUAAAAUAAACAAUCGGAGGAAAAACGUUAGCAUGCUAAAAUGUAGCUGUCAAGUUGCUCACCUUCAGCCUGAUCUCAUAGGUGGUGAACCUGCCCCUGCCCACCCCCAUCGUCUCAGGGUUGCUCACGUCAAUCUCUAGAAAGUUACUCGGAGGUCCAUACGCGUCGUUGAGGUUCUGAGGCUUGGUGAAUAGCCUUCGUGUGUCAGCUAUGGUGUCAGCCAUUUCUCCCCCUCAGCGUUCAGCAGGACGGCCACUGACACUCCAGCGCGCGGCGGCAGCACUUCCGGUCAGCUGACACUCCGCUGACGCCGCGUGACUCCUCAAUGGUUGAUUUCACCGCUUUUCGUUAUGUUCGCUCGAGCCUCGUUUCUGCCAGACACAGCCUCAGAGUCAGCAGGGCGUUCAUGCCGAAUACUAAAUACCGUUAAAUGCUCCCAUGUCCAAACGAUGUGGCAUGUCAUUAUUUGUAUUUUACAAUUCAUAGUAGUCUUUAAAGAUAAUACCUAUUGCUGUUAAAUAUUAUAAUAUACUAUAUUUAACUUGAUAUAGCCUUGGCAUGGCGUCCAUGGCAAAUACUAAGACCGCAUUUUACAAUUAAUAAAUAGCCUAUCUUUAAAGAUAAUACACGUUGCUGUGUUGCGUUUACGGUGCCUAUAUUGCAUAUUUUUGCUAAGCGGACUAAAACUGGCAAAUUACACUUUGUAUGUCGCAUGAUGGGCAUCAUAGACUAUAUUAGUUUUGAUUGUGUUACAAUUAAAGCGCAUAUAAAACUUUUAAUGAAUACAUUAAGAGUGUAACAACCUUUCUGUAUAUAAUCAAUAUAUUGAUAAAGUUGGAACAGCUUGAAUGAAGAUGGCGCACUACAGUUCUCUUUUAGCGUGUUCGUAUAGAACUACUAUAAAUGUACUCAGACACUCGGUUUUUGAUCGAAUUAUUAACUAUCAUUGCAUUAAGACUAUUCAAGGUUGCAUCCUUGAUACCGGAGGCACUUCAUUACAAUCAUCCUACUCCACCAGAUCUACAACUCCGGAUAAACAUGGCUUAAGUAAAACUGUUGCACAAUAUGACGACCUGACUCAACGUGGUACCCUGAGGGAGGAUGGUCAUCAAAGAGAUGUUCUCCAACAUCUGGCUCAACUGCAAGAAACCAUCAAGAGCUACAGCAAUGAAAUAUACUUGGAUGUACCAACACCAAAUGAAAAAAAAUCCACUCAAUGUGAAGAAAAAGAUCAUGCCACCCCUGGAAAAAUGAAUGAAGAUCCUAUUUCCCUCAAAACGCAAGAAACUUCUCAACUAACUCCACCACCAAGGGGGCUUUACAUCCAUGGAGAUGUUGGCACUGGCAAGACUAUGCUGAUGGACAUGUUCUACUCCCACGUAGAGAACAGCCGCAAAAAGCGAGUGCACUUCAACUCCUUCAUGUUGGACAUUCACAGAAGGAUACAUCGGUGGAAACAAAGCCUGCCAAAACGAGGGCGAGGGAAAAUGUUCACCUACGACCCCAUAUCGCCGGUUGCUAUGGAUAUCAGCAAUGAAACCUGCCUCCUGUGUUUUGAUGAGUUUCAGGUGACGGACAUCGCUGAUGCCAUGAUCCUGAAGCAGCUGUUUGAGACCCUAUUCCGGAAAGGGGUGGUGGUGGUGGCCACGUCAAACAGACCCCCAAAUGAUCUGUACAAAAACGGACUUCAGAGGGACACCUUCCUGCCUUUCAUCGGCGUGCUGGAGGAUUACUGCCAGACCAUCUGCUUAGACUCCGGCACUGACUACAGGAGGCUGAGCAGCACGCCGACAGGGAGGCAGUACUACUGCACAGGGGAGGCUGAUGCGGAGGCCUUCAUGGACGCCCUGUUUGAUGAGCUGGCCUUGAGACAGAGACGCGCGAUGGGGCCACGGGUGUUGACGGUGCUGGGCAGGGAGGUGGUGCUGGAGAAGACCUGUGGCUCGCUGGCGGACUGCACCUUCCACCAGCUGUGUGGCACGCCCACGGGCGCCUGCGACUACCUGGAGAUGGCCGGGCACUUUGACACGGUGUUCAUCCGGAACGUUCCUCUGCUCACCCUGGAGCUCAAGGACCAGGCCAGGCGCUUCAUCACCCUCAUCGACACCUUCUACGACCUCAAGGUGAGGGUGGUGAUCCAGGCCAAGGCCCCUCUGGAGGCUCUGUUCUCCCACUCUGGAGCCGGAGACUUCAGGGACCGACAGCUGCUGGACGACCUGGGCCUCAGCGGGGUGGCAGCCGAGCAACUGUCUCUCUUCACAGCAGAAGAGGAAAUCUUUGCCUUCAAGCGUACAGUCUCAAGACUGUUGGAGAUGCAGACAGACGCAUACUGGAAGCAGGGCGACCGCACUAAGGAAUCAAACUAAACACCAAAAGAAAACAGGGAGUCCCUCCCGAUACCCUGCUUAUCGCUGAGGACACUGAACCAAACCAUUAUUUUGUCUUUAUUUCAAAGUUAUCAAAGAGUCGGGCACUUGAAGGGCCGAACUUAAUAUAAAGAAGAAAUAAUACAUAUAGCAACAAUAUUAAUGUUUUAUAGGCACCGAAUACUACUUAUAAUGUCUUGGUACCAUUUGUUCCUUGGGCUUGACUAUAUUCUGCGAAACCUAUGGACACUUUCCUAACUACCUCAAUGUGUCUUAAGUUGAUCUGUGGAUUGUUGCUGAUCAGAGGGCCUCUAGUGUAUGGAAGCAUCUGUUACCCAUGAGGCAAACCGGUGCUUAAUUCAAGGAGAGACCGUCUAUGACUUCAUUGGUCUUUGAGAGUAGAGGAAUACUGCCCUCUGUUGGUGAAAGGGGGAAAAGAGAAAAACGACUGACCACGUUACACCUAAAUCCUAACCUGUUUUUAUUUUGUGUAACGUGUAUUAUUGAUCAAUUAAUAAAAUGCUUGCAAAUAAACUAACUAGUGUUGA